AUGAGACUGUUGGGACCCAAGUUCGUGGUGGGGGCCUUGGCGACGGCCUCUUUGGCUAGCGCCUUUGUGUCUCCUGCGAGCAGAAGGAGCAACAUUGCGACGACAAACCUUGAGAACAAUCUACCGGUACAGUUGCAGGCCACUACAUGCGGAUGCGACGAUGUCAUCAUGGCGGGGAAUCCACCGGCGCAAGCACUGGAACUCGAUGCUAGAAAAGUUAUUGGGGCAUAUUCUGUGCAGAAUGCCAUGGGACAAGAAUUGUCCAUGGACGAAUUGGUGUUGAGGAAGGGCAAUGACGACGUGUCUAUUGUGGUCUUUUUGCGAUCACUUGGGUGA